UUUUAGCUGUAUUUAUCUAUUUUUCUCUGUAUCAAUGGAUGAUUGUUCGAUUUUCUGAGAAUAUUGAUUUUCACCUCUUCAAUAUGGAUUUCCAAACUUUCUGACUUUUGCACAAAUGGAAUCUGAAAAAAAUAAAUUAAUGUGAGAAAUUUCAAUCAAUUAGCAGCUUCAUAGACGCAGAAUUUUUGAAAUCUGAUACUAAAAUUCUGUGGAAUGUGGGGGCUGAAUUUUGUUGCCCUGGAGAUGUUUGAUCAAAGUCCCAAAAGAAUUUUAGUUUAGUGGAAUAUUAUGAACAAUUAUGAUUUGUUCAAACACAUUUUAAUACUGAAAUAGCUGCACAAACUUGUCUCAUCGGACAAGUAAGCAUUAUAAUUUUCGGUAUACAUAUCUAGACACGAACACUCCAAGCUUACAAAAUGAUUAUCUAUACAGUUUAUGUGUUACGUUACUGUUGGAUGUCCACAAGACACAAUGAGGACAAAUUGGGAGUGUUUAGUUGUCAGUUUGAGACUAAGUUGAGUUGUCUAGAUGUGCACUCUCAAAGUUAGAGGGCUUACUUGCCAGCCGAGGGAAGUUUGAGUAUUUGUUUAUGUAUUAUGCCUUUUUUUCUCUCUCUGAAUUUCUGCAAUUCUGCUGCUCUCUAGAAAUAAAUGCUUGGAUAAUUGUUUCAACUUCACUUUAUUGUGCCAAAUUUUGUGUUAUGGAUUUACAAAUUUUACAAGAGUUUGACCUCUUGGUAGUUUCAAAUAGCCAGUCCCAAACCAGGACAAUGGAAAUGGUUUGCAGUAGGCUGAUGCCCAACUUAGCAAAUAAUCAUAGAAUGAUGAAUCCUCUAACAUUGAAAAAAUUAUACGGAAUUGGAACGCAUAGGCCUGAAUAGAGCAGAGAGGAUGUUCAUGGUUCAUACAGCCAAUAAGUUUGGGAUUGAGGUGUAAUUGAAUGGCAAGAGUUUGAGUUCAUAGCUUUCACCAAUGUCUUGGUGAGAUGUGCAGUGUGAACAUAAUUUCAGUUUAUUAAUUUCAUACUUCAUAGAUUCAUUCUGGAAUAAUAUCCAAUGAUUCUAAAUCUUCGUGUAUUUGGGUUUUACCCUACCUUAUCAUUUUUUUUUUGGAAUUUGGGUAAGAUUUGAGCAGUAACUAAAAGCCAUACUACAAAAUAAGGCAACUCUAACAACCGACUGCAAAUACAAUAAUCGAAAAGGAGCCUAUUUUUCCUGUAAAAAUUCCCAAUGGAGCUGUUGUAAGAAGAAAGACCAAUAAGUUACUUCAUGUUGGAAUUCCUUAUAUGCAAUGCUUAAGUUUCCCUUGGGAGAGAAGUGUUAAACUUUGUGGUACUCAAGUAGUAGUUAUUCUUUCCUUCAAGUGCUUGAGCUGUCCUUGGGAGAAGGUAUUGGGAAAGUUCAAGCUAUUUCAAGGAAGAAACCGAGAAAUGGCUCAAGCUCUGGACUAUUAUAAUGGGCAAAUUGAAGCUCUAAUGCGCGCAAUGUCUGUAGCAAAAAUCAUUCGAGAAGAUAAGAAUCCUUGUAUGAUUGAAGAGGGUCUCUAUUUAGGGUCCCUUGGAGCUGCCAACAAUAAAGUUGCACUCAAAAGCUUGAAUCUAACUCAUAUUUUGACGAUUGCUAGAGAUAUAAAUCCUCCUUAUCCAAAUGAGUUUGUCUACAAAGUCCUUUCUGUUCAUGACAGAGUUGAUGUAAAUAUUUCACAUUACUUUGAGGAAUGCUUCGAUUUCAUUGAAGAAGCAAAAGGACAGGGUGGUGGUGUGCUGGUCCAUUGCUUUGCUGGAAAAUCCAGAAGUGUAACCAUGGUCAUCGCUUAUCUGAUGAAAAAGCAUGGUAUGAGUCACUCUGAAGCUUUUGAGCUUGUCAAGAGUAAAAGACCAGUCGUUUCUCCCAAUGCUGGUUUUAUGACACAGCUGGAGAACUAUGAUAAAACCCUUAAAGCCGUCAGACUUACCAAAACCACUGAAAGGGGGAAAAAUGAAGUGCAGCGGCAGUUCUCUGAAUUGUAUCUAGCAAAACAGUGCUGGGCUUGUUUCCACUUCAACAAGCACGAACUUUCCAGACAAUCAAAUAAACUCCCCAGUGAAACAACUGAUGCUUGUUACUUUUGUUCUGUGAAAUCAUUAACUCGAUCCAGUAACAACAAAUCUCCCAAAUCUAAGUGGAACUUGCUCCAUCAUUGUGCCUGGCAUCGCCCAAUGCAGUCCUAACCAUCUCAAAAUCUCACACCACAAGCAAGUCACCACUAAAUAAAAUCUGAAUACACCAAAUGUUAUGCUGUGAUAAAAGAGCACGCAGCGCCAUCUUGUUGAUUGUUUCAAACAGUAAGCAUUGUUCAUCCAAAAAUGGGUGACCUGAAAUAAUUAUUCAUUAAGUUUUAUAUUUGGAGAAGACGGACGUGAGACUGUUCACCAAUUUUGGGUGAAGUGUCUUGUUUUGAUGCAUGUUUGUUUUUAGAUAGGAUCAGUUAUUAUAUGUCAGUGUCAAAAAAGUAUUUGUUUUGACGUCAAAACUCUUUAACAUUAACUAUUCAUUCUAAACAAUAGUAUCACAAACUUUUGUUGCCCCA